UGGAUUGACGUAGCCCGGAAGGGGAAUACUUCCCAGUUACAGUGUUGAUGUUUUCAGGCUCCUGCUGCUCCUGUUGCGGCUAGGGGAACUGUCGUGGGGAAGGAUGGUGUGCGAAAAAUGUGAAAAGAAACUUGGUACUGUUAUCACUCCAGAUACAUGGAAAGAUGGUGCUAGGAAUACCACAGAAAGUGGUGGGAGAAAGCUGAAUGAAAAUAAAGCUUUGACUUCAAAAAAAGCAAGAUUUGAUCCAUAUGGAAAGAAUAAGUUCUCCACUUGCAGAAUUUGUAAAAGUUCUGUGCACCAACCAGGUUCUCAUUACUGCCAGGGCUGUGCCUACAAAAAAGGCAUCUGUGCGAUGUGUGGAAAAAAGGUUUUGGAUACCAAAAACUACAAGCAAACAUCUGUCUAGAUGUAUUGAUGGAAUUUCUGACUUUCUAAAUGAUUUUACUUUCUGCCUUGAAUUUUCAAGGCAUAGAUGUCAACUUACAGAAUAACGUGUUUUAAGACAAUUACGUUUAAACCAGAGAAUUUGAUUGUUAUUCAUUUUGCUCUCAUGCUCUAAACAGCAACAGUGUAACUAGUCUUUUGCCGUAAAUGGUUUUUUCCUUAUGAGCAUUUUAUUGAACUAAGUGGCAAAUUCCAUGAAAAAUUUCUCAGUUCUGUAUGCACUUUUAACAUUAUUCAUGUAAUUCUCCCCCCCACACACUUUAUUUAUAGAUACUGCAAAAGUGAGAAGGAGGUAAUAGAUAUUUUGCUCUGAAUUUGGCAUCCAGAGUUAACAGUUCUCCCCUAACUCCCUUACUCGUGUCAUAGUUAUUAGGAUCAGCAGCCUCUUAACUAAUUGCAGUUUCAUAGGAUGUAUAAAUGUUUCAAGCCAUUAUUGCUGAAUGGUUCUUUAGUUAUUAACCUAGACCCAAAUCAAAGACCAGUUUUUAUUUGUUCUUGCCGCCAAAGUGCCAGUUCCUUUAAUAUGUGACCAGGAACACAAGGAAUAUCCAUAUGUCCAAAUAAACACACUGAAUUUUAGAAAAACUUAUUACUUUGAAUUCAAAUUGUCAUGAAAACCAGAACAGUGUUUGUCCAUGUUGCAUGUAAUGAACAUAAAUCCCUGCUCUUUGAGAAAAGCUCUUUGAAGCAAAAACCAAACUUUUUGUUUUUUUACCUCCUGUCUCGCUCCCUAAAAGAAAUAAAUAAAGCAAACAUCUUGACUCUC